AUGAUAAAACCGUGUACUCGCGCGUUUUACAAGUGGCUGCGUACGUCGUGGACCUCACUUUCACUUUUGCGAAGCAAGCAGUUUUUCGAUUUUCAAGCAACGGCCCGUAGAAGGCCGUGCCGCGAGGAAGUUAUGCCAGGCGAAGCAGGGCAACAAUGUGCCUACAUCGUGACAGGGUCAUCUGAAGGAGGACCACCACGCCUGUACCGGGUGACGGAAGACACGUCGGGAUUUAAGGAGAAAGCGAGGACCGAUUCGAGUGUGCAUGAUGAAACCCACCAUUGCAGCACCAACCAGCUCCGGAUCAACUUCUGCAUCGCCAAGAUUCUCGCUGUGGCUCUGUUUAUCGUUGGGGUGGUUGGGUUGAUUCUCGUGUUUUUCAAUGGCGAUGGGGUUCACCUCUUUUCCGUCGAUUUCGCCGACAUUAGCGAUGAUAAGCGCAAGAAGCUGCUCGACACGUACAACUCAAGAUUCAGCAACGUCAUGUCAGGCAUCAAUAAAACCAUUGAGAUUGCCAUCCAGCCGUUGGUCGCUGUCGGUAUUUUGUGUCUGGGUGCCAAGUGGUUCACUAGCAAGAGCGAGUUGAAUCUCUUGGUGGGGAUGGCCCCAACGCUUAUCGGGGCUGUGAUAGGAUUCUUGAAGAUAUUCACGCGGUACGAGGGGGUUCUCAACAACUCGGCGUUGAACACCAUGCUGCGAACUCGUUAUAUACCGGUCGAAGACGUGGCAACUACGUGCAAGGGGAUGUCGUUCCGAUUGUUCGAACUGUUUGGACUGCAGAUCGAGCUUCCCCAUGUCAUUUUUGGUUACCCAGAGAGACGUUGGCAGCUUGAUGCCCUUCCCUCGGCGAUCGAACCGAAAGUGACCUUAAACCUUCCCAUUCGGGAUAGUGGAGAUCACGGUAGUGCCAGUACCAUGGAUGCAGACCCACUUGCACCUCGAACGCUGUAUAUCAUGGCUCUGUUCGAAUUAUUUGAAAAUCUUGGUGGAAUGUGGAGCUUACCUACUCACCAUACAGAUGACCCUGGCGCUUUUUACAAUUUUGUGAGGUGGAGUCGAGCGGCUGCAAUGAAUUUGACGACCAAUGAAACAGAAUUACAUGAUGAGGUAUACCACGACGACGAGGUGAUGGUGGGUGAGAUGAUGGGAUUUGCUGGGGAUAACUUUGUCCCAGCCAUGAUGCUACACGAUCUGCUGGGGAAUGCGGCGAACAUCGUUGAGGAAGAAGUUGAGGCUGUCUAUCAUCUACACCAACUUGCAGACGCGCUUACUUAUACAUCACUUACCUUGAAAAUUCCAGUUCGCACAACAGACGCCGCACGCGAGAACCAAACCAUUCCAGUCUCGGAAAAUUGCGGCUCAGACGGGUGUAUUGUCGAAAUGCGACCGAGCCGUUCGUCAAAGCAACGCCGUUAUGUGAAGAUGGAAGCCCAAGUUCCGAUGGCAUCUCUGGCUGUAAACUCGUCAUCUCGUCUCUGGGAAAACAGUCCGGCUGAGCACGGAGUCGUUGCAGUAGAAAAGCAAGUCUGGCAAAAGCUGGUGCAAGUCGACAGAAGUUUACCGAUGCUGCUUCCUCGUAAUUUUGCUUAUGUUGACGAGGCAGCAAGGGAUUAUCUUCACGGGAUCACUAAUGAAUCGUGCUCGAGCCAAGCCGACAAAUUUCUCAAGAACACCGUGAUAAAUCAUUUGUUUGCAGAGGAAAGUCUACAAAUGAGCUACACCGCGGGCCUCCAGUUCGCGUUCAAGAACGGCGUCCUGCACGCCAUUGAUGGUAGUGACUUGGCGGGGAACGUUCACCAGUUUAAGCUCCAAGUGUCUAUUCCAUCUACCAACUGUAUUCUGUCGAGCCCUUUCGGUCGCCGCGCCGCACACCCACACUCAGCCCCCGUCCUUGCUGAAGCCAUGACGAAUACCGACAAGUUUCCACGCUCCCUGCUCAAGCUCUCGGUGGAACAACGUGAUACGGAAGGGACCCAAGCGCGCCUAGUCGAACUGGAUCAGGUCGAAAUGGCAGCGGCAGAGUUCGUCGAGAAAAAACAACCAAGUUAA